UUUGCUUUGCCGCGACUGAGGCCAAAUGAAUCACGCCAUGAUGUGAUCACAAUUUCAUUUUAGUUCAUUUCGAGUCGUGUUUCGUGCGGGUUGUCGAUGCGCUGGUUUAUCUUUUUCGUUUCAUUUUGUUGUGCAUGAUGUGUUUUCUGUUAGGUUUCGUUUGAUUUGUUCGAGUUGUCACUCGUUUGUUUAUGUUUCUUCGGUCAUGCCUCAGCCUACGGAUCUCCCCUCUUCGCAGCAUUGUGUAGCUCGUGCCCUUUACGACAAUACCCCAGAUACUGCAGAUGAAUUGGCAUUUCAAAAAGGCGACACUUUGGUAGUUCUUGAACAGAACACGGCCAAUUUGGAGGGUUGGUGGCUGUGUUCGUUAAGAGGAAGACAAGGAAUUUGUCCAGCCAAUCGACUACGACUGAUGCCUGGUGUAUUCGAAAAUUGUAACCAAUCCCGAGUGUGUUCUCCCCAGUUUUUGGAACCACAUGGAGAACUGAGCUAUUUGCAAAUGCAAGGAAAGCGAAGAAGUUGGCUUUCACAUCAAAAUCAAGUGAUCACCCCGAAAAAGUUCAAUGAUGUCUACCUGUACGACACGCCGCCGUUAAGAUGCUCCCCCAUACCAGUUUCCGGCCACAGUCCCGGAAUCAGUCCGCGGGAUCAAGUUAACGAUUGUUACGACGUGCCCCCCCGAGCCAUUCCAGUGGGGCACGAGACCUACCGAAAUUGCCCCAGAUUCUCCCCAGCGCCCUCGUCGUGCGUCUCCCCCAUAAGUCGAGAAUCGGGCGAGGCCUACGAUAUUCCCCGAUCGCUCAACAUCAACCAUCCACUCACCUCAUCGAGUUCGGCCAGCUCCCUGACAGCCGACUCACUAAGUUCCUCAAACCGUAGCAGCAUGACCAACAUGCCCGACUACGACAUUCCUAGACCGCUUAAUCGGGGCCCCCAGCUGGUGUUGGCGCCUCCGCAGCCCACCUACGACGUUCCUCCAUCUCAGCAGCAACUGAAAGAACUACCGUUAGAGUUAAAUUCAGCUUUGGAAAAUUUGGAGAGGCUAGAGACUGAUACGUUGAGUGCAAUUUCAAAGUUACUCGGGUUUGUUUGCCCCAAUUGGCGAACGCGAGAAAAAUUGGAAAACAAUAGACUGGAAAUCAAACUGGCUGUAACGAGGCUACGGACAUCCCUUCACGAUUUGGCGGAAUUCGGCGAAGGUUCGCUGGGAAAUGCGGCGAAAGCUUCCGAUAAAAAUUUAGUGGUCAAACUGGCGCCUCAAGUUUCAGCGCUUAGAAAAUCCGACGCGUUAGUACAAGGGGCGUCAGAAGUACUGGAAAGGCACAGAUGGGCACUCAGUUUGCUGGCACGGCCAGAAACUUCCGACAAAGCUUCCAAACCCGAUGAACUAGAGCAGCUGGUGGCUUGCGCCAGAGCUUUAACGGAAGAUGUCCGGCAAAUAGCGUCCUUUAUUCAAGGGAACGGAACGCUUCUGUUCAAGAAAGAACAACCUAUUAGUUCAACCGAAUGGGCGGAAGAGUACGAUUAUGUAAGUUUCGAUUCCAAAGAAAACGUUUCCAAGCAGAAUGCCCAAAUUCUCAGCGAGCUUCCACAAGAACUGAAAAAGGGCUUCGACAACUGCGUUAAACACGCAGACGACGCCGUUUUCGAAGAAGGCAGCCCAGCAUUACCACACGACGAUAAGCAACUUCUCAAAUUUUUUGCAUCGCAAAUUAUCACGCACCACACCAAUUUAACACAUGCCAUAGACUCUUUCCUUCAGACGGUAGAGCAUAAUCAUCCGCCCAAAAUCUUUCUCGCCCAUGGCAAGUUUGUAGUACUCAGUGCCCAUAAAUUAGUUCACAUAGGAGAUACAGUUCACAGAAAUAUUUCAUGUAAAGAUAUUAAAGAACGAACCUUGCGUUUAGCCAACGCUUUAUCGGAUGCUUUGGCCACUAGCGUGAAUAAGACGAAACAAGCAGCACUUCAAUUUCCUUUGGUCAGUGCGGUUCAGGAGAUGGUUGAUUCGAUCGUUGAUAUUUCGCAUUUGGCCAAAGAUCUGAAGGUUUGCCUUGUACAGGCCGCUCAUCCUUUAUAAUUUUAAGUUCGACAAGUCACAGAGAAAAACAUCCGAGCGCACUAAUUUCGUCAAUCAGUCACAUUGAGUUUCAUUUGCCAACUACUGUUUUUCUCUGUAACAAUGUACCUACUACUUGAUUUGAUACUACUAUUUUUCUACGUCAUUUAAGUGUUUUCCACGCUCCACACGCCAUAGUUCUAAAAUGUGUACAAAAAUAAUAUUUAAUUUUAUAUCAGCUGCAAAAAUUAGGGGCGUGGAAAGCAGUUAACGUUUGGUUGUUUGUGAAUCGCUCAAACUAAUUGCCAACCUGGAGGAGUUUCUAUUAAGUUCGAAAGCUUUAUUGUUUUUAUUAGUUGUAUAAACAUUUUUAUUUCAAUAAAUUUUACGUUGACUUUUA